GGCUUCUAAAGCUAUCUCACAAGAACUGAGAAAGAAGAUUCAUACUCUCUGCACAGGUACAAUGGCUCUUCAUCACAAUACCACCAGGGUGACCGAGUUUAUCCUCCUGGGCUUCACUGCUCAACGAAACCUUCAGCUCCUCCUCUUCAGCUUCUUCCUGCCCAUCUACCUCCUCAGUGUGGCAGGGAAUCUGGCUCUAGCCAUUCUUAUCCGAGCUGAGCCUGCCUUCCACACACCCAUGUACUACUUCCUAAGCCACCUGGCCCUGAUGGACCUGUGCUCCAGCUGCACUGUAGCCCCCAAAAUGCUCCUGGGGCUCUUGAAAGGUUAUGACACCAUUCCCAUCCCAGCCUGUGCCCUUCAGAUGUUCAUCUUUGCAGCUAUCUCAGAUGCCGAAUGUUGUCUCUUGGCAGCCAUGGCCUAUGAUCGGUAUGUGGCCAUCUGCCGCCCAUUGCACUAUGCAACUGCCAUGCCACAGCAUCUCUGUCAUCUCCUUGUAAUUGCUUCCUAUGCAGCAGGGAUGACCUCUGGAGCGAUCCAUACCAGCAUGGCAUUCCGCCUGCCCUUCUGCGGUGCAAAUACUUUGGACCAUUUCUUCUGUGAUAUCCCUCUAGUUCUGGCUUUGGCUUGUGCAGACACACAAAUUAACCAGCUCUUACUUUUAGUAGUGUGUGGAAUUAUCCAGAGCAUCACCCUGUUGAUCAUUACAGCUUCCUAUGGAAUUAUCCUCUGGACUGUAGGACGAACAGGAUUACUUCGAGCUAUGUCCACCUGCGGAUCUCACCUUACAGUUGUGGGGGUGCUUUAUGGAACCCUUCUCUUCAUGUACCUACGGCCUGAUGACACUUAUGCCCCACAAACAGACAAGAUGACUUCUGUCUUCUACACAGUAGCCAUACCUACUCUCAACCCUGCCAUAUACAGUCUUCGUAACACUGAGGUCAAGCAGGCAGUCAAGAAGAGGUUCAGCAAGAUAUGUCAUCAAACAUAAAAGCAGCACAAGUAUGAAGGAGGGAAAGAAGCAUUCCCAACAGAUUAGAAUAUCCUUCCUAGCCUAGUGUAUUCUGUGGAUUCCAUAGUUGCAAAUUGUAGAUCUGAAGAUUAUAGGAAAUGGAAUAUAACACAUCUAGAGGCUGAGUUAGCUAAUUAUCAAAUGUAUCUAAGAGGAAAUUCUGUUGAAACAGCAAGACCUGCUUCUGGAUUUUUGUGGAAAAAGUGGAGAACUGAAGAUGGCUCUGCUAAAAGCAGAGCUAAUGACAACAGAAGAAAGAUGAGUAGACCAUCUCUUCAUAACUUUUCUCCAGAGAAAGAGAGGACUUGAGAUUGCACAACAGCAGUCUCUGACAGCUUUAGAACUGUAGAAGAUAAAAGAAACCCAUCUUUUUGCUCAAACUAUGGUUGAUGGAGGGGAGAUUAAUGACUGCCACUGUUGGUGUGGUUAUUCUCAAACUUCGAGG